CUCUCUCUCUUUCCAUUUUGGUUUAUAUAUAUGGUUUGCAAUUUUGAAUUCGAUUAGUAAUAACAACUUCAAAUCUUUGUGAUCAAAAGGAAAUCUAAAUGGAUUAAGUAGGGACACGACGUCGUUGCGAUGGCAAGCCCUGAACGUUUUGUUGUUGGAUUGGAUAUAUCUGAAAGCGCCCUCACGAAAGCUAAUGAGACAUACAGCUCCUCACCAAAGGCAAAGUACGUUUCGUUCGUGAAGGAAGAUGUUUUCACUUGGCGUCCUAACGAAUUAUUCGACCUCAUCUUCGAUUAUGUAUUCUUCUGUGCCAUUGAACCGGAGAUGAGACCUGCAUGGGCUAAAUCCAUGCAUGAACUGCUAAAACCUGACGGCGAACUCAUAACCCUCAUGUAUCCGAUUACCGACCACGUUGGUGGACCUCCCUACAAAGUUGAUGUCUCUACCUACGAAGAUGUGUUGAUUCCCGUAGGAUUUAAAUCAGUGUCUAUCGAGGAGAAUCCACACGCCAUUCCUACUCGUAAGGGCAAAGAGAAGCUUGGGAGGUGGAAGAAGAUCAAUUGAUCUCUAAGAGAUAGAUUUCACUGUUAGUAAGAUAUAUGUAAUCUUCUAAUCUUUUAAGAAUAUAAUGAGUAUCUUCCUUUAUUUACGCUAUUUAAGUGUUGAAUGUGAUGAUUAUUGUUUGUAACAAUAAUGUUAUGAUUAAAUAAUAAUCUCUUUUACUAUA